AUGGGACCAGGUGCUCCGAUACGGAAUAGCCACGGGAUUGGGUUACCCUCGAGGUAUGAAAUCCGGCUAGUAACCCCUGAUCUUGCUGAGUCGAUCGCGGCCUUGAGUUUCUUUACCCACUACUUCGACUCACCCAUCUGGAGCCCAAUAUAUGAAGGACGCCAGGCAAGAGAAGCAUUGAAGGCCUAUCAUGCCUGCAAACCUUUCUAUGAGAUGCCUGAAAUGGCAAUGAAGAACGGCCUGUCUUUCUGCAUCUGGGACAAGGAGUUCGUAUUUAAGAGGCCCGAAUCAGCUGCUAAAGGUGGUGCCUGUUAUUGGAACGACUUUGAUAUCGACGACCCCAAUCUAGAGGUUAAUGGAAGGCAAAGACUACUUGAUGCGUUGGAUUUUCCGAUUGUUGGAUUUGCAUUAUCAUUCGACAAAUUCGCCCCUGGUGACCCGAAAGGAUGGGAGGCUGCAAUGAAGGCCACACCCCUGAAUGUUCCCAUGGGUAAAUAUUAUGACGCACAUGACCCGCGGCCGAAAGGAUCAUGGGAACCUACGGCGGCCGGGCAGGUUAUUGAACGGGUCGGUAGCGGAACAAGGCAUGGGUAUUAUGGCCAAGGGCUCAUGAAAGCGUUAGCAAGAUUCAUAAUGCUCGAGAUGAAAUUUAGGGGAUAUCGGGCAAUACAGAUCAACUGCGGAGCGCCUCAAAUGCAUCAUGUAUGGUCUAACCCCCCGAAGCCGUUCAGGAGUUCUACUUUAGUGGCGUUUCCCACGUGGAUUUUUGAGGUCGAGGAAGAUGGUAAGAAGAUUAGGCUGUACGAAAAAUCAAAGUUGCCCAAUCUGUAUCUUGUGUGGACGGAACUGUUGGAUUAG